CGGCGGUACUUGGCUCACAACAAAAUAAAACAAACCCACGUGGCUGAGUGUUGUGUCCGAGGCUCAACUCUGUGCCGAGACAAAGCCCCAAAAUCAUUCAAACCUCAAUUUCAGGGCACGUGAGAAAAGGGGCAGCAGGAGACAGUUACACGCUGAUAGGCCAGUGAGAGGAGGACCUGAAGGCCGUGCACAACAAGACCAAGGGUUAGCAUCGGAGUGCAGCACAGCGACAAUGGGCAAAACUAACAUCAAGGUGGUGAAGGACAAUCAGAAGGCCAUUCACCCGAGAAGUAGAAAAGCAAAGCAGAUCUCAAAGAAGGUUUCUCGAGAUAUAAAGUUAAAAAAAAGAAAAGGAGACACCAACAUGAAGCUUCAGUGUCUAGGAGAUAAGCUGGCAUGGUUCAAGGAGAACAUGGAUCAGGACCUGGAUGUACUCACUCCCAGAGAUGUGUUGACAUUGAUUCAGAAAUACAUUGAUCGUAAUGCAGAAGAAGUGGAACAGAUCAACAUAAAGCACAAAAUUGGUAGUCGUCUGUCUCGUCAACACGCAAGCAGAGAGGACUGCCUAAGAAUCACCCAAGAGAGAGAAAUGGAACAGUUUUCAAAUUCAGGGUUUGAAACUGCCGACUUCUUAUCGCCUGAAUCCCUGAAAGUGUUUAAAUCAUGGAUGGGUGAACUGCGAUAUCUACCAAAUAUCAAGUUGAGAAAAUAUACAAAGCAAGGUUUAGAGGCCAUGAUUUCAGGAACUCAUGACCCAGAGGAGCAGCCUGACUCCCAUCAGAUGGAGGAAGAUUGUGCCACCAGUGAGGAUGAAGAGCAGUCCGGUGAAGAAGCGAUGGAUUAACAUGUAAAAGCUUAACACUGAUAAAGUGACAGUUUAAUUGAUGGAAAAUAGAAACUGUAAUUGUUAUGUGAUAAAUAAUAAAUAAAUGUUGAAAGUGU